AUGGAAUACUAUAGGAAGAUAGAAUUAAAGGGAAAAGGUAGUUAUGGUCAAGCUAUAUUGGUUUAAAAUAAAUAAGAUAGAAAGUUUUAUAUAAUGAAGGUAAUUUUAAAUCUAUAAUAGAUAAUAGAUGCAUCUAAAUUUGAUAUAAAAGAAAAAGAAAAUGCACUCAAUGAAAUAGAUGUAUUAAAGAAUUUACAUCAUCCAUGUAUAAUAGAAUAUAGGGAAUCAUUUGUGGAUAAAAAGUAUAUUAAUUUGUCUAAGUUAGUAAGUAUUUAUGUAUUGUGAUGGAUUAUGCAGAAGAAGGAACACUAUAUCAAAGACUUGAAUAAUAAAAAUAAAGACAGGAACAUUUGAAAGAGUCUUAAAUUAUAGAAUGGUUUACAUAAAUUUGUCUGGCUGUCAAAUAUAUUCAUGAUAGACGAAUAAUACAUAGAGAUAUUAAAACUCAAAAUAUUUUUAUUUCAAAAGGAGAAAUAAAACUAGGAGAUUUUGGAAUUGCUAAAUCAUUAAUUAAUACUGAAGAUCUUUGCUAAACUGCUAUUGGUACUCCAUACUAUAUAAGUCCAGAAGUAUGUUAAAGAAUUCCUUAUGAUUAUAAAUCAGAUAUUUGGAGUUUAGGUUGUAUGUUAUAUGAAAUGAUGGCAUUAAAGCAUGCAUUUGAGGCAAAAAGUAUUUAAAAUUCUAUAAUUAAAGCAAUGGAAGGUCUAUUUUUGAAAAUUAUCAGUGGCAAAUAUUAGCCUAUUCCUAUAAAUUAUUCCUAAGAACUCAUCUAAUUAUUGAAGGAUAUUCUUAAUACAGAUCCUUAAAAAAGACUUAAUAUCAAUCAGAUAUUAGAUUACAGAGUAGUAAGAAAAUCAAAAAAGGAAUUUAUUUACAGAAAAACUUAAAAUAUACAUAAGAUAUAAUUUAUUUCUGGAUAAAUUAACAAAAAUGAAAGUCAUUUUGGCAAAAUUAGAUAUUAUUAGAGUGAAUAAAAAUUUAAUGGAGAAUCGCUUGCAGAUUAAAUUGAAAAAAUGAGAAUGGAUCUUGAAGAAUAAUUAGGAGUUGAAAAAUUUAUCUUAAUUUAUAAUUCCUUAGUAUUAUAUAUUUAUGAUAAUUAGAUUAGAAAAAUGAGGAAGUUCCUUCAAAGUUUUGUAAUAAGAUUAUAAUAGAUAAAAUUAAUUAGCUUCUUGAAUUAGAACAAUUAAUAUUUUGA